UAUAUAAAUAAUAAUAUUAAGGAUUAUAAUGGGGACAAAAAUAAAUUACGACCUAAUAAUAAUUAGUUUUAUUUAUGGUAACGCGUGUCUUUGAGGGGUGAACAUUCACAUAUGUAGGGGGAGCUCUUGUCUGGUGGUGUCGGUGUGUUUUCAGGGUCUGCUGAGGAACCAGGAGGAGGGGCCGCUUCGUAGCACAAAUAAAGGAGGCGAGCGCACACACGACCAGCAGCAGCAGCAGCGUGUUGGCCGCAGAUGCAGGGACUUGUUGAGUCGGCCCUGAAAAGAUGUCGCUUCCUCUUUAAGAAACUGCUGACAUCCGAACUCCCUGAACCCACUUUGAUCUCAGGCCAAGUCAGCUGGAGAGCAGAUUUCUGGGGCUGGUCAUGGUGUCCGGUGAGAAGGCGUGGGACCCCCACCACGCGGGCCGUUUUCAUCCACGUCUGAGCGAAAAGCACCAGGCUCCUGGCCUGAGUCCCGUCUACGACUCCUCCCGAAUCGCUGUCAAGAACCCUGCACUCCAACGAAGUCAGCGUUUGUCACCUUUGUCUUCCCCAGCACCGCUGUUAGGAGCACUCAGCACCUUUGCCCCCUCCUCGGACUCACAUUCGCCUGCCAGCCUUUACAGCCGGAGCGAGGCUGAAGGACUACACGACCCUGUCCGCUGUCCUGGCGUGGCCUCUCGGUCUGAGGAGGGGAAAGCGGAGCAGCUGGACAUGAAGGGGAAACGGCUCGGAUGUCGCGUAGAGGCCACUAUGGAGGACAAGCUGGAUGAUAUGGGCGACGGACCUAAGAAUGCCAAAAUCACCCUGAGCUUCCCGCUCAAUGCCGCCCCCCUCCCCACGUCUCUGACCUCACCGAACCACUGUCACAGCUCUUCUUCCUCGUCUCCUUCACCCCACCGACGGCGACUGUCAUCCAAGAGCUCCGACAAGGGGUCGCUGUGGAAGCUGGACGCCACCACCGACGUAAAGCACCGACAUUUCAAGGCCCCGAGACACGACAGCUCUCCAUCCUCUUCGCCCUCCUCCUCCCCUAUGAGAGUUCCCGCCUUCAUGAGGAAGGAGGUGAAAUCCUCGCCUCCUAUGAAAUGCUCCAAACUCAACCCGGAGGCUCAGAUCCACAGGUCGCCCCCGAGGUCUUCAGGCGGACCUUUAGGCGGCUGUUUCGGUGGCGACGGGUGGGGCGACAGGUACAACGGCACAGCCUCACCCUCCCAGACGGCCCAGAUCCUCUUCAGUCUGGGCGCGUCGGCCUAUCAGAGGGGCGGGGAGGCGGAGAGGAGAGAAAAGCUGACAGGGAGGCCAGCUGGGAAAGCAGGAAGCCCCCAUGGACCGAGCCUUCACCCACCCACCCUCCAUUUCCCUCCCCCAUUACCGCCGCCGCCGCCUCCCCUGCCUACCGAGGGUCUUACCGCUCCCCCUCACUCGUCCUCCUACCCCCCCACCGACAGCCUGAAGCCGGAGCUGAUCUGCGGCGUGUGCCAUCGACUCUUCAGCUCGGCCUCCUCCCUCACGGUGCACAUGCGGCUGCAUCGCGGCAGCCGCGCCCUCAGCUGCCGCUGCUGUGGCAAAGUCUUCAUCCACAGCAAGAGGCUGCAGUCCCACGAGACAUCCUGCAGAGGGCCGGGCCUGUCGUCCAGCAGCCUGCGCCCCCCUCCCCCGCCUCCUCCUCCUCCUCUGCCACUCACUGUGCAGCCAAAAGAGGAGCCGCUGGAGGAAGGGGAGGUGAGAGUGGAGGGGGGUGUGAUCAUGGGACAAACCGACAUCAUUAAGGCGCGGCCCGGGAAGAAGGCGAGGAGCCUCCUGGCACGCCUCCAAGGCGAUGACGCGGCAGCCGGGGAGCUGCUGGCGGGCGACGAGAACCACUUCGUGAAGGUGGUGGACGGCAACGUCAUCUACUUCUGCUCCGUGUGCGAGCGCUCCUACAUGACCCUGUCCAGCCUGAAGCGGCACUCCAACGUGCACUCCUGGCGGCGCAAAUACCCCUGUCACUACUGCGACAAGGUCUUCGCCCUGGCCGAGUACCGCACCAAGCACGAGGUGUGGCACACGGGGGAGCGGCGGUACCAGUGCAUCUUCUGUUGGGACGCCUUCGCCACCUACUACAACCUCAAAACACACCAGAAGACCAUCCACGGCAUCAAUCCGAGCCUCAUCUCCAGUGAAAAGACUGCGAACGGGGGCUACAAACAGAAAGCUGAUGCCCUCAAGCUCUACCGUCUUCUCCCCAUGCGCUCCCAGAAGAGACCCUACAAAACCUAUAGUGACAGCUUGCAUAAUGGCCUUCUCCUCCCUCCAGCUGAAAACCCCUCCCUCUCCCUGCCUGGCCUGGGCUGUGCUUUAGGCCCCGAGGACCUGCAGAGCCUCAUCGCUGGAGCCCCCCCUCAGAGUGUGAAGCCCGAUCCUGAUGCUUUCCCUGACGAGUUUCCUGUUUCUGUUACUGCUGAGCAAGGGGACCUCUCUGCACUAACACCCCUGACGCAGACUGACGUGGCCCAAGUGAGAAAACAAGAGAGCGAGGCCUCAGAGUCCGAGCAGGACAGAGGCAGCUUUAAAACGUCUGGCAGCAGCAAAACCAAAGCUUUUAAGACUGGUAGAGGCACAGAAGCGAGCAUGCCGUCUGUGAUCACGUACGGCCAUACAAAACCCUCCGUUAUAGUUCACGGGGCAACAGUGUCAUCCUCUGUCAUUGUGCAUAGCAAUCAGGUUUCCUCUGGAAGUAAUAAAAGCCUGUUGAACAGCCCGUCCCCUGAAACCAGUAGCAGUCAGGCUUUAAUUAAAGCCAGUCCGAGGCCAAUCAAAAAGCAAAGGGACAGCUCCGAAAAUCACAGAAAGAGAUCCAAAGACCGUUCAGACACCACAGAGGAGGGCUCGAGAGGCAGACAGGAAGCAGAAACGGGGAGAGUGUUUCACAAAUCACGCAAGUCCCACAGCAAGAGCAGUAUCCCAGCCUCAAAGCAGGUGUCAGCAUCUGUGGGGACACAGAUCAAAGAGGCGGGGCCCCUGUGUCAGAUCACUGUACGCAUUGGCGAGGAGGCCAUCGUGAAGCGGAGCAUCUCCGAGACUGACCUUCGAAGAGACAAGAGCCUGUCCCCGCCCAAAAUCAAACGGAGUGAAACAUCAUCGGCAAAGGAGACGCACCACCAUCACCACAAGCACCGCCUCCAGAGCAGGGCUGCCCUGGCAACAGAGGGCAACGAGGAAGCAGGAGAUUGUGAGGGGGAGGGGGAGGAGGAGGGCAGGAGAGAGAGCUCCAAAUCCCCGGAUCAUGUGAGGGAGUACUACUUCCGUAAGGGGGUACGUGAGCAGGACAGUGACAACGACAUGGAGGACAACUUGUGGCGACCCUACUACUCCUACAAGCCGAAGAGAAAGGCUCAAGCACAUCUGCAGAGAGUGAAGAGCUGGCAACGAAAGCUUAAAUACAAACGCUCCAUCCGACUGAAGAGGAGGGCAGAGAGACUCAAAAGGCUAAUGAAUAAACAAACGGAGAAAUCACAAGAUGAGGACGAUGAUGGGACGGCUGAGGAGGCCGAGAAACUGUCGAGGCCCAACGAGGAYAUGGAGGAGAGAAACGAGACCGAUAAUCACUCCUCUCCUUCAAAGGAGAAACAAACGGAUGCAGAAGAAGAGGCUCGUCACGAGGUUCCCACCCCUCCUGUUCCCUCUCCAAAGCCUCCCCUGUCUCCCUCAGCGGCUCCUGCAGGAAUAAAGAGGCGGCCUUGGACCAACGGGAACGCUGCAGAGUGCGCCACAUGUGGCCGCUGGUUCUCAAGUCCCAGGAAGCGAGACAAGCAUGAGUUGAGCCAUCUGCUGGAGUUCGUUUGCCUCUUCUGUCGAGCCACGUUCCCCUCAAGGGACAAGCUGGAGGAUCACCAGAGAGUCCAGCACCCCAAGCCUAGCGAGGCGCCCUCCGCACCCUCAAAAUGUGUCGAAGCAGCUGUAGGGGUCGUGAACAAAUCAGUGCCAGAAAUAUCAAAAUACAACGAGGACAAGGGGGCGCAAAUGGGCUUAUCGGGGAGCAGCUCUAGUCCAAGUCGCAUCGGCAGGAGAGCAUUAUCACGUCACACCUGCCUACAGUGCCACAAGGUCUGCAAGACGUCCUCGGCAUUGAAUCGCCACGUCCGACGUCACGAGUUGAGUAGUUCUCCGGAGAGAGAGAAAGAGGAAAUCAGCUCAGAGCCACAACCCCCGCCACACACAUUUACUGACUCUCUUUGCACAGAUCCAGAGGGCAAUCAGGAACAACCCCCCAGCGCUCUCUCUGUUUCAGUUAUCAGCUAUUCAGCACCAGAUCCACCCAGUGGGGGGCAGCCGGAGGACCAUCUAAGAGAACUUACAGACGACUAUCUGAAGUCGGAUCCCAGUGAAAAACUACAACUCCCCGAGAGCAACUCCAGACCACAAACUGCAGAGCCGACGUUAGAAAGUGCAGUGAACCUCGUGCCCUCUAUGCCUGAACUCAGGCCUGCCACGCCCUCCCCCACACAGAGCGUGCUGGUCCUGAAUGGACCCAGCUGCCUCGACUACCGCACGCCCGGCAGGAAGAGCCUGGACAGCCAGAUCUACAGGACGCCCAGCCCUUUGCACUUCACCGCGUCCGCCAGCGCCUCCCCAAGUGCACCUGUCACAUCGCAGACCAGAAUGAUCGCGGCUGCUCCUCCCGUCUCCGAGGCGGGACUCGUGAGACGGGAUGGGGUCAUUAUUGACAGGGAGAGACAAGCGGGGAGCGGUGCAGUUAUGCGUGCGAGUUACGAGGACUCGCCCCUGGUCCGGGACCUCAGGCUGCAGCCUCCGUCCCGGAGCCCGUCCCCCAACGAAGCACAAGACCUGACCAUGUCCUCGAUUUUAGCUCGAGAGAGAGAGCUGGAGAGGCAGAGGGAGAGAGAGAGGGAGGUGGAGAGGCAGAGGGAGAGAGAGAGGGAGGUGGAGAGGCAGAAGGAGAGCGAGAGGGAGGUGGAGAGGCAGAGGGAACGGGGGAGGAGCAGAGACAUUGAGAAGGAACGAGAGAAAGAGAUGGAGAGGGCCCAGAAAGUCUGUCGAGUUUCUCACCAUCUGCAGGACCAAACUGCACUCCUGGUUCCCAAAAAGGAGCCCUUGAGCCCUGUGCCGUCUCCCCAACAUGUCCCCCUACAGACCACUAUGAACGGGCCCCCUACACACAGACACACUCCCAAACCCMCCUGCCGGUCCCCCUCAGCUAUCGGACCCAUGGUUCAAGCCGGCCGGCCGAUCCGUUCCAGCUCACAGGGACUGGACCGGCUCACGCUGCCCACCGGAGCAGCCGGCGCCGGUGACCGCCCCUCUGCACACGCUCUGCUUCUUCCCCGGGCGCCUGAGCCGGACCACCUGGACGCCGUUUCUUCCAGAGAUUCACAUCCGGAGGACACCCCCCCGGCGGGCUACCCUGCCCAGGAUUAUCCACUCCCCCUCACUGUGCCGGACAGCUACCGCUCCGCUAAGAAGCAGGAGGAGAACCUGCUCCUGUCCUCCUACCCACCCGGAGCGCUCCCCUUCGGCCCCCUGGGGAAGGUGAUUGUGCCGAGCGGCGGCGACCUGGCCAAGCUGCCGUUCUACCCGGACCCUUACCAGCUCCUCUACGGCCCCCAGCUCUUAGCCUACCCUUACAACCUGGCAGCGCUCCCCGUCGCCCUGAACAUGAUGGCGCCCGGAGGGGACAAGGUGGAGCCUCUGCCCUUCCUCCCCGCCAUCUUCAACUACGCCGCCACCGCCGGACCCUACAUGGGUGCCGUCCCCCCACCUAUCGUGGCAAACCCGGGACUCUACGGGAGCGGCGGCACCGGCGGCAAAAAACAUCGAGACGGCGGCGGCAGCAAGCAGUAGGACAUGGAAGCUCCAGGAGGGGCGGACAGCGGCUGUGAGCGAGAAAURUGGGGCGUGGUCCACGCUCCCACCCUUGGUACAUUUGCACAUUAACCCCCGACUCUCUCUUACUCCAGAGACCAGAGCAUUACAGGAGCCAGUUUAGAGCCGAAGGACGAGAGCCCAAUAAUCCUAACGACGUAUCAGAUCUCCCCCAGCCUUUACUCUGGCUCUUCUUUGUAAUGUUACUGCUCUCCAGCUCGAUGAAUCUUCCUCUCUGACUCAUUAUAACAUCUAUAAUAUAAGGACUGCUAACAGGGUGUGUCGUGUGAAAAAUUUGUCCGGUCUACUUCCCUUUAUAAGCACGGCGUAACGAGGAUAAACGCUCUUCAGGGAAGGCUUACGUUGACUCUGAUGGGAGAUCAAGUAGAGGAAAUACACCGCUGUGUGUAUUUUAGAGCGAUCGAGCCAGAACGCAAGUUUUUUUAAAUAUUUUUUUUAUUUUCCCUCCUGCUGUUACGAGAGCUAUAAAUGAGCAUGUACGUGCACACGUAUGUAGGGAUGUGUGCAUGCGGUGUUUGGCUUCGGCAGGUAUCGCUGCAUAUGUGUGUGUGUGAAUGCRUUCGUAUGAAUCUAGAUCAUUCCGUGUGAGACACACACAGCAUUCCCACUCUAGUCGGAAUAGCUACUGUAUGUGUAGAAGUGCUUUUUAGAGGUGAUUUUUUUUUCUUCUCAUAUCCAGAUCAUUAAUAAGUCAAAAACUGUGGCUGGACGUGAGCGCGUGACGAUGACAGAUCAAGUGGGYGAGAUGUGACUGUAGGAUCUGUAAAAGCGUUCACAAUAGUUUAUAUUUUCUGUGCACAAAAUAGAAGAGGUAGUGGUCACUAAAAGGGGACACAUGUAGCUGCUUUGGACAAAUGUAGCUGGCCACUGGGUAAGAGUGAAAGGCUGGUAAACCGUUGCACUUCCAUGUUUCAUCUCAUUUCCUUCAACUAGUUCAAAACACAAAAGCAUAAAAACCAGUCAGCCUUCAUCUUGUGUAGCUUUCUUCCUCUUAGAGAAAAGGCCCCCCAUUUUCUAAGCCAGGGAGAACAUAAGGCAACAGCAAAAARGAAAAUAAUAAUAAUAAAAAAUGAGAGAAUCAGGGUAUUUAUGGAUAGGAAGGUAAAUAUAUGGACACACAAACUGUUGGGACUCUGAAUCAACAGGAACCAACAAGUGAGCGACGCCGUGGGGGGGCGGGCAAACCAACAAAAACUACGCCUGAGAAAAGUCCGAUCUUUACCGUCAUAGGAAAAAGGCUGAGCUUAGCAAAGCAUUUGGGCUGAAACUUUCCAGAUGCCCUCUCGGGGCCUUUUUUUGCGUGUGUGUUUUUGUUACGUGUAAUAUUAUCUUUAUAUAUGUUUGUUUUGUUAAACUAUUGUUGUUUAUGUUGUUUAGCCCUUAUACCUGAUGGAAGUGGCUUCAGUUUCGGGGUGAAAGGGGGAGUGAAACUUAAAAAAAAACUGAAUGUAAAUUUUAGUCAGAGGUUAAUGAAGUACAGCUGCAUUAAUGGUAGAGUUGGUUUCAGUUCCUAUUAUCGUUUGUUUUGACACAAAUAACCUGUUAAAGAACCGUAUAACGUCUGGUAUGCAUAUAUACAGUAGUCCUAGGAAAACAUGUCAGAAAAACUUGGGUUCUGUAUCCACAAAGCAUGAGCAACACUCGCUUCCUAACUGUUUAUACCCUCAGCAAAUCUGGCACUGUGCGCACAGCUUUUAUUUUUGUUAUUAUUUUUUUAUGUUUCCUGCCCUUUGAUUCUUUUAUAUCUCUAAAAAAUGUACUUUUCAUUAUAAAUCACGGUUUGGAGAUUU